GUAGCAAGCAUUAGCAUUUUGACCACGAGCAGAUUCGUACCGCAAUAGCCUCGGAAAAUCGUGGGUCACGAGUGUAACAAACCCGACAAACCAUCGCCAGAACCGAACCGCCGACGGAAAAGCAAAGCAAGGCAAAGCAAAGCAAAGCAAUCCAAAGCAAGGCAAUCCAAUCCAAUCCGAGCCAAGCCAGAAUGACGGAACCARGCCCCGAGGAUCACCCCCACCGCCCCAACCUCCACCGCCUGCUGCGGGAGCGGCUGCCCGCGCUGGGCCUCGACGUGGACAUGUACGGCCCGUACGUCUGGGGCGACGACGAGGACGGAGCUUUGGACUCGGACGACGACGACGACGGGGACGCCCUGAGGGACGUCGUCCUGGGAGUCCUGCAGGCCUCGAGCGAGACCCAUUCCGACGACGAGGCCGCCUGGAUCGACCUGCUCGAAAAGAUCGCGGAGGCCAACAAGCUCGAUGCGGGGCUCCGCAGGGAAGCGAGGGAGCAGCACCUGAGGGAGACSAAGACGAAGAUGGAGGAGGACCUCGCCAGGGCCAAGCUGGAGGAAAAAGAGAAGGCCGRUGUCGAGAAGGAAGAGAAAAAGAAGUCCUCGCACGUCGACGAGGAAACCAAGCGCCGRCUGAUGCAGCAGUACGGCUACGACGAACCGGCCGAGGACGAGGCCGCUUCCGGCCCGGCCGCUUCCGGCGGGGGCGGCAAGGGGAAAGCAAAGGCAUCGGGGGCGGUUUCGAACAAGGACCUGGCCCGGGCGGCACACGCGGAAAAGACCAAGGAGAUGAGGAACGCGAACAAAACGACCAAGGCGGAGGAGCGAAAGAAAACAAAGGAGCAAAAGGCCAGCAAGGCGGACCUGAAGGAAGCCCGGAGAAAACGGGCCCAGAAGGGGGAACGGAGGGCCUAGCRCGGUUGUUUGCCGACGCGYCCACAACACCAUCGCCGUUCGGCUUCCACCGUGCUGUUACACGUAUAGUCCGCCGAGACCAAGACCGGUGCUUUGGGCCUUGGAUUCGUUUGAAGCUAAGCUUUGAUGAUAAUAAUAGCAUUUUUUUACA